AUGAUCCUGGAUGCUAUUUCCGGUCUUGGUGAGAUGAACAAAGGAGGUUUGCCGUUACUUAUGGGUGAUUUCGCAGUAUUCGAUAUACUUUUCCCUCUUUCUUGCUUUGCAUUAGCUGCUAUUUUCUUCGGCUAUAGAUUCAACGAAAUAUCGGCAUUUCCAAUUGCUGCAACUAUUUUGACUACAGUAUAUACAGCAAUUACCUGGAAAUUUUCGAUUGGAUAUAUGGUUGACCCAGUUGGAUAUAUUGCAUCAAAGAAAUCACUUUGGUAUUCUAAGGAAUUACAAAGAGAUAUUCAAAGAUUUAUGAAUGACUUCCAAUGCUGCGGAAUUGACCUCAAUGAUACAAUUAACAAUCCAAUGUGCAAUCAUCGUGACCAAUGGUCAUGCGCACAGGGCAUUGCUCUUCACAAAGGACAUAUUUAUAGGGAACACGCUUAUUCUUUGUUCAUAAAAUGCUUCUUACCAAUAGCCACUACAGCUAUUUUAUGGGCUGUCCACCUUACAGGCGGUAUUAAAGAAUCUAAUGAUAAUGAUCAGAAGAAACCCUCCGAAUCAAAACUAUAG